AUGUUCACGCCCAUCCAUACUUCCUUAGGAGCACUGCUCCUCUUCGGUGGUUCCUUCGGUCUGCUGCUGCACAAUGGCAAGGUCUUUGGCAUCUCGUCGCUGCUCUCCGGAUGCCUCCUCCGCCCCAGUCUGGAGGAUAAUGUUCCCAUCAUCGCCGGGUUGGCGUCCAGCCCUGCCCUGGUUUCCUUCCUGGCGCCAUCCUUGAUUCCGACCUAUCCGGACACGGUAUCCUUCUCUUCAUGGACGUCGGUGCUGUCAACGCUGGGAUUGGGUCUGUUGGUGGGAUGGGGGACAAAGAACGGCAAAGGCUGCACGUCCGGACACAUGCUCUGCGGCCUGUCUCGUCUCUCCCCCCGCUCGCUGAUCGCAACCUCGGUGUUCUUCACCACCGCUCUUCUGACCGCCAACCUGGUGCGCCCCGGUGGGAAGAGUCUCAUCCCGCCCUGUGACGGUGUCCCCUGCUACAUGCCUGUCUACCCCUCGACCUCCGAAUUGGCCGUCAUGGCCUCAAGCACUGUUCUCUCCUUGGCCACCAAUCUUGUUCUCGUCCCGCGGCUGUUGACGCCAUCACGACAGUCCAGAUCGCUGUUUGCCUACCUCGCAGGCCUCCAGUUCGGCCUGGGACUCCUCUUCUCCGGAAUGGCUGACCCGCACAAGGUGAUCCGGUUCUUCGCCUUCCUGACGGAUCCGUCCCGCUUCGACCCGUCGCUCGCCCUGAUCAUCCUCUUUGGAAUCGGCCCCUCUCUCUGUGGCUACCUCGCCACGAACCCGGGACAGCCAGGAGGAAAGGCCAAGCCCACGUUGACAGAACGUUGGAGUCUGCCUACGCUCACCGUGGCGGACAUUGACUGGCGUUUCAUCGCGGGAGCAGUCGCCUUCGGAGUUGGAUGGGGGCUGAGUGGAACUUGCCCUGGCCCUGCCGUGCUGAGGGCUGUCUUGCAGCCGACAUGGGGAGCUGUCUGGCUGGGCGGAUACAUUUUGGGGAAUAUGAUCUAA